AUGCUUCGUGUCUUGUUGAGACAGUGGUUGCCGCAGCACAUCGUCGAGCACGGAAUGGUGCAGUGCGUGACGGACGCGUGGUGCCAAGUGGCGCCCUGGGUCGUCAAGCGGGUACUCUGGCGCUCGGUGCAGGCAUGGCAGAGGCAGCGACCAGAUCUUCAGCAUGUGAUUGAGGGAGGCAUCAUGGGACCUCCUGCGCGCAUAGCAUCCUCUGCCCCUGUCAGCAAGGACGGAGUCUUCGACCAGACCACGGGGUCGCGGGAUCCCGUGGCCCAGGCAGACGGUGCCGUCUGCCGCCAGGUCAGGACGGCGGUGGGCACGCACUGGUCACCCAGGCUCUGCCUCGAGCGCGGCCUUCUAGCACCAGCCAUCGUGGACGGGCAGUGGCCCCAGAGUCAUGAGUGCGAGAGAUGCAUGGCGUUCGGCAGUGCUUGUCUGCUACGUAGCAAAGUCGGUACCGGCAUUGCCUGUGCAGUGGGUUGCCCGUGGAGUGGCGGCUACCAGCACGGCGGGCGCAACCACUCCACCAGGCUCAAGCUAGUCCAGUCCGACAAGCUCGUGGAGGGGGUGGCCAUGCGGUUCUCGUCGGCGGGCUCGGCUGUUGGUGGCGAGGACACCGCGCGCCGCGUGGCCAAGCCCAACAAACCUGCGCCGCGGGCCGUGCGCAAGGGAGUCGUGGCCAAGCUUGACUGUGACUUCAGGGGCGGCACUGAGCAGCAGUGGCCGUGCCCGUCAGCGAGGCGCAGUUGCCUGCGCGACCUCCCGCUGCCUGUGUGCAGUGCCUCUGCUGCCACCAGGCACGGCCCCUCGGGCGUCGGCUUCGAGACACCGCGCGGCGCGGCCUCCGCCAAGGGCAAGAGUGCGCCCGCGAGGCUCGCCAAGAGGCUCGCCCUCGCCGUCGCCCAGCGCCUCGCCACGGGCGCCCGCCGCCGCGGGCUCGAGCGCGCGGCCGACGCCGCGCGCGGGGGAGAGCGCGGCACCGCGCCCUCCGCCGCUCGCGCGCCUUCCCUGUGCCUGGGCGCUGCGUGCGCGAUCGAGCCCCUGCGCUUUCGGCUUGGCAGGCGGACCCUGAACGGCCGGCGCGGCGGAUUGUGGAACCCGACGGGCGGUCGGGCGGGGGAGGACGGCCGCGCGCUCUGCGGCGUCACGCAGGAGAACGUGGAGUUCUUCCGGGAGGCGAGCACCACGAGGGCGACCUUCGUCACGGGCGCCGACGCGUGCCGGGAGGAGUGCGAGACCGGCCGGCACUGCGUGGCCUGGACGUGGGGCGCCAGCGUGGGCUGCUUGCUGAAGGCCGGCGGCGAGCCGCAGCUCGGCGGCGGGCCGCCGGCACGGGGGCUGCUGCAGCUGCCGGCCGUGCCGAGGCCCGGCGUGGUGUCGGGCGUGUCGUGCGCGGCGUCAGAACACUCCACUGGCAUCCGCUGGUCUAUCGACGGCGUGGCUGCCGGCCGCGAGCCAGGCCCGGUGGUGUCGGCCGGGCGGGAGCUGCGCCGGGAGCUCAUCGUGGACCCCGGCGUCACGAGGCCGACGUCCACGAGCAGGCCCGCCAACGCGACGGACGCCAACGCCCCCGCUGCCGCGGCCAACGGCACCAGCGCCACCACGGCCACCACGUCCACCACCUCCACCAGGACGACCACCUUCCCCCCCGGGUCGCUGCUUUGCUUCUCGCUGAUGGUGCCCAACAGCUACGAGCAGGACCUGCUGCUGAUGCAGCACUACAUCGGCGCCUCCAUCUUCGGCUGCGAGGAGGCUGCCAUCUACAGCAACAUGGUGAUCAACCUGGCGCCAGGGCUGCAGACGCGCUUCGUGGACAGCGACCUCCACUGCAACUCGGGCGGGGAGUUCCAGACGGCGCUGAACACCGAGAUCUUCCUGGCGGUCUGGAAGAAGCUGCUCUCCGACCAGCGCUACGCGCUCCACGACUGGACCGUCAAGGUCGACCCCGACUGCGUCUUCCUGCCCUCGUUGUUGCGGCACAUGCUGCG